AUGUGUAUCGCUUCGUCGUCGAUGGCAGACUCAACGCCGCCCAAAAUCAGAAUCCUAAAAGGUGCAGAGCCAGACCUGUCUGCCGCAACGUACCAAAUUCAUGACGAGUCGCACACCAUCGGAAAUGCUCUGCGCUGGAUGAUAAUGAAGAACCCGAAGGUCGAGUUCUGCGGUUACAGUGUCCCACACCCUUCAGAAAACCACAUCCAGAUGCGCAUCCAGAUGUACGACAAUCUGUCUUCCCUCACCGCGCUCCUGACAGCGCUGUCGGAUCUCGACAACCUAUGCGGGACCAUCGAGGGUGCGUACAAUGCCAGCCUGCAGCAGGGCUCGUACGAACGAUGGCACGAGGAAAGCUGA